CAAACAUCUCAAGUUCUUAGCUGAGUUCGCAGUAUAAGUUCCGUCCUUUUUGGCCGAACUCGAUACCUAGAAGAAGAAGGUCCCAUUUCGAUCUCCCUCGGAUUUGGAUCAUCGGGAGUCGAAGAUGAGCAGUGGACAGUUGCUCUCUAUUCGCCCUGAAGAACUCACCUUCGAGGUUGAGCUAGAGAAGCAGGCUUAUUGCAGUGCCAAGGUCAUCAACAACAGCGAGCACUAUGUCGCCUUUAAGGUCAAAACCACUUCUCCAAGGAAGUAUUUAGUGCGGCCAACUAUCAGCGUGAUUCAGCCUUGGGAUACAGGCAUUAUUAUGGUCACCCUUCAAGCUCAAAAGGAGUUGCCGCCAGACCUGGAAUGCAAGGACAAGUUUCUUAUCCAAAGCAUUAAAUUGCCGCCGCACCUUGUCUUUGAAGAUAUCCCUCCCGAUUUGUUCAAUAAAGAUGAUAACAAGGUGAUUGAGGAAUGUAGGCUUAGCGUCGUCUAUGUUCCUGCCCGGUCUGGUAUAGUAAAAAUUGAGGAGGAAUCAGAAGACACUGAUAUGGCGAGGAGACGGAGAGCUGAAGAGGCAUUGCGACGCGUACGAGAGGAACUAGAUUUUACUCUUCAACAAAAUAAACUUUUGCAGCACGAAAUAGAAAUGCUAAGGAGCAGUAGCCGCAGUAGAACAGCUGCGAGCUUUUCACUGAGAUUUGCUGCCAUUGUUGGCUUGAUUGGAGUAUUAAUUGGCAUGUUACUAAACCUUGCGCUGUAUCGGCGCUCUGCUGCUUGACUCAACUCGGUUUUGCUGCCGAGCUUUGGUUAUUUAAUUUCCAUAUUAUUUUAUUUCUUCGUUUGUUCCUGAACCAGACAGGUUUUAAUUUUUUUUUUUUAUUUUUUUGGAUUAUGUUGAAAAUAAUCUAAAAAAUGGAAUUUAAUUCCAUUGCAAUUUUUUAAAUGAUUGUUUUAUGAGAAAUGAAAAGCUUAUAAUUUCAUAGUGUUU